CUCUCCCCACAUUGUUUCACAUCUCUCUGUACUUCUCCAAAAAGCCAGCUUAAAUCAACGUAAACAAACAUGUCACUCAUGGUGGUUAAGGCUAGUUCCCAAGGUCUCCAUCAUCUUCCUUGAUUUUCCUGCAAACCCAUACGCCAUUUUCAUUCCCAAACCUUUCCUCCUCCACCUCCUCUUCUUUGGACCGCUUAAAGUUGCAAACUCGUUCUUGAUUCAUUUCAAGUGUCGGACACACUCAUCAGAGAGAGAGAGAGAGAGAGAGAAUUCAAUUCUUUCCUUCUUUUUACUUUCUGAAAAUCCAAUUCCUCUCUUUUACGUUAUUCUUGUUUCCUGACUUCCUUUUUAUUCUAGCCUUCCCUUUAUUUCCUUCUUUCUAGCUAUUCAACAGUACUAUCCAUCCUCCUCUGUUUUUUCUUUGCUGUUUUUUCUCUUCAAAUCUCGCUCUGGGUCUGUUUGGUUCCUAGUUUUUCCCAAAGAUUGAUCGAAAUGGCUGUCGAACUUUGCUCUGAGAAUUGUGGGGUUUCUACUAUGAGUCCGAGAAUCUCAUUCUCUCAUGAUUUCUCUCAAUCUGAUGUUAUCCCAGUUGAGCAAACUCCUUUCAGAUCAAACCCCUCUGGUUUGAACUCCAGCUUUGAUUUUGAUGUUUGUGUUCGUGAGAGCUCGGAGCAAGAGUCAUCUUCUGCAGAUGAGCUUUUCUCAGAUGGCAAAAUGCUUCCCUCUGAGAUCAAGAAGAAGAAGAAGAAAGCUCAUUUGAAGGAAACAGAGCAGUCACCACUUCCUCAUCUUCAUCAACCCCAGGUUCCACACACACACACUGUUCGUGAAAAUGCUUCAACCAGCAAAACAACCAAGAAUGGAAGCCUCAAAGAGAUCAAGCAGCAACGACCUGUUGUGAAUAAUGAUGAAGUGGAUGAGAAGCAGAAUUCUAAUACUAACAAGUCAUUCUGGGGAUUCAAAAGAAGCAGCAGCUGUGGUAGUGGUGGUUAUGGAAGAAGCUUGUGCCCUUUGCCACUUCUAUCCAGAAGCAACUCAACUGGUUCUGCUCCUACUCCAAGUGUUAAGAGGAUGCCACUUUCAAAGGAAGGUCCCAACAUGAAGCAAAAUCCCCAUAAACAUAAUCCCACAAGGCCUUAUCAAAAGCCUCCAUUAAAGAAAAUUCAUGGAUCUUAUGUUCAUAAUGGUGUUAGAGUCAACCCUGUUAUCAAUGUUCCGUCUGCAAAUUUAUUUGGCUUGGGUUCAAUCUUCUCCAGCAACAAAGAUAAGACCAAGAAGAAGUGAUCCAUGUAGAAAGUUCUAUAAGGGUAUGUUUAAAUUGAGGAGAAUGAUUCAUUUUUAACAUUUCAUUUAACUGUUAUUCUCCUCAGUCUAACAUAUCCAGAGAUAAGUAUAUAUCUAAAUAAGAACAAUUUGAUUCCUGUUCCCUGUCUCUCAAGUCUUCUUGAGCCAAAAAUAUCCUGAAUCUGCAAAUUAACUGGUCUCCAUCUUUCUUGUACUUUCUGGGAGGGUUUGACUAUGAUGUGGUUAGGAAAAUUAGGUAGAGGUAACAUUUUAGAGAGGUAAAGAAAAGGGUAUGAAACUUGCAGGAUCAGAGAGAGAGAGAGAGAGAGAGAGAGAGAGAGAAAGAUGAAAGAAGGGCAGGGAUGAUAUAAUGCAGGCACAUGGUUUGGGGCACAAAAUGACAGAUAAUGGUAGCUUUCAUGGCUGUCCCUUGCUGGUUUGUUUGUUGCUGUACUUUUGUUAUUUGGUCAGACAAUGUGUAAAUACAUUGAUUUCGAUUCAGGUUUCUUCUUUCAUCUUUCUUUUUAUUAUUUUCUUGUUCCUCCUCUUCUCUUCUUAUGCUUGCUGCUGACUCUGAAACAAGAGACUGAUAGAGAAGAGGGAAGCUGCUUUUAUGGGAUUUUAUGAUGUAAGAGAUUGGUGGCUUGUUCAUGUUCAUCUUCUGCAUUCGGUUGCUUUUGUUUUGUCCUUCAUUGAUUGUUUCAAUAAUAUAUUCUCUUCAGUGAGAUCUUUAUCUUCUUGUUA